CCUCAACAUCAUGCUUCUCCCAGGCGGCGGCGGCGGCAGGGUUCUGGCGAGGUACAACGAUCUGCGUGCCAGCGGAAGCUCGAAAACCACUCAGUGACCACGGCGUUCGCGUUGUCGAGUCGUUGCAAAAGCGUUGGUGAACCGGCGCUGAGCAUUGUUUGUAUACCAACAUUGCCCGAUUGCCUGCACAAUAUAUAUCGCUCACCCACACGCUAACCACGACGAUUCGUCAAAGUAGCCUACUGCUGGUCAAGUAGCUACUGCGAAACACAUCACUGGCGGAUCGUGUCCCAACGUCGCAUCGCACUCCGAGUUUCUAGGCAAGAGCAGAGAUCAUGGCGCCGGAUAUCGCGAGUCUGCCUGCCUCACCACGCGCUGACCGGGCAGCACCAGCACCACUUCCAGCGGCAACGAGCACCACCGCGUCGAGGCGGACGAGCCAGAUCAUGGGCCCACCGCAACAGCCAGCGUCGGCGACAGCACACGGUCAACAUUCUUCGCGCAGUCCAGUCAUGUCGACCAACGACGGCCUGCCGAUGCGCCAUCCACGCCCUCUGACUGCUGCGGAGCUCUAUCUCGAGUGCGAAAAGGAGCAAGAGGCUGUGGUGAAUCGCCUGACCAGAGAGCUCACUGCUUUGCGAGCCCAAUCCGCGUCAGUCGCCAGCAACGCGUCUUCCGCGUCUGGCGUGUCCGGAAACGCUUCACUGUUGCCCAUCGAUAUAUCCGAUCCCAAUCCGACUCAUCAGAUGGUCGGCGCGACUCACCCAACGCCCUCUCGUCGUCACCGGUCGUCCUCGUCCGUCAGCACACGAAGCAUCCCAACGCCUGCGACCACUGCGAGUGGCACGACACACUUCUCUACCCAUGCACAGUCCGGCAGUGUGAUGCCUAUUGGAAGUGUGUCACAGGCACAAGCCGAUCGAGCAGCUGCUGCGGCAGGAGACCGCUCGAGCCUGAGCAGGAACCCAUCGAUGAGCGCUUCAGGCACGUCGACUCCAGCGAGGCACUCCAUGGACGUAUCGCGAGCGGCGGGAGCGCUUCACACACUGCCACAUCGUCCACCACUUUCUCGCGACCCCUCGCACAACACUGCAUCCUCCACACAUGCCCAGGCCGGUACGCCAGCACCGGCCGUCCCGCAGCCACUGCCCUCUCCUGCGCAAAGCCCACAUCAGGCCAGCGUGAACACUGCCAUGCAGCACUUUGCCGAUGCAACAGCUUAUCGAACCGAGAUGGAGAUUGUCAAAGCUGAGAACGAAGCUCUGCGUCAACGCGUUAGAGCAUUGGAGCGAGCAUUGAGGGCCCGGCGACGCGACUCCUCGCAAUCGGAGACACCACGCCUCGACAUCACAGGCGGCCGUGAACAUUCAUCACGGCCCACAGAAGCGGCGGCGGAGCGGCCAUCUCGCGAGUUCAAUCGCGUGCCGUCUUUUACAUCUCCUCCGCCAUCUGCAGGUCUGGGAGUUUGGGAUGGAGGCGUAGGCGGUGUUGCAGGACCUCGCGAACGAAGCGAAUCGCAGAGCACAACAGCUUCCAGCAGAAGAGCGGUGGGAGUGAUUGACGAUGAGCUUAGAGUGGGUGAAAGUGCAAGUUCAGUAGGAAGAAAUGCUUGAUCACACACGAAAGAACGACUGCUGUCGAACAGCGCAAUGGAUCGCCGGUGAAGACAUGCAAGGUUUACGAGGGAUGGCUUGAAGCCACAAUGGAAAUGAAUUAUUAGACUGCACGAGGGACAGCAAGGUGU